AUGGGCUCAGCUUUUCACCUCAUCCUGCUUGCUUUACUCCUAUUGUUUUCUCUAGUUUGUUCAGUAAAGCCCUUGUGUCACCCUGAUGAGCGCUCAGCUUUGUUGCAUUUCAAGCAAAGCUUUAUCAUCAAACAUUCUGCCUCAAGCAGUCCCGAUGCCUAUCCGAAAACCGAAUACUGGAAUGUGGAGGACCCAAGUGUUGAUUGUUGUUCAUGGAAUGGGGUGGAGUGCGACAACAUCACCGGUCAUGUAGUCGUCCUCGAACUUAGUAGCAGUUAUCUUUAUGGUUCAAUCAAUUCCAACACCACCCUCUUCCGUCUUCGUCACCUGCAACGCCUUAGUCUUGCUGACAAUGUCUUCAUUAACUCUGAAAUCCCUUCAGGGAUCAACAACCUCUCAAACCUGACGUAUCUGGACCUUUCUUUCUCCAACUUUUCUGGUCAAGUCCCAUUGGAAAUCCUAGAGCUAUCAAAACUAGAGCUUCUUAGUCUUUCGGGAAACUCAUUGAAGCUUUGGAAACCAGGGUUGAGGUCUCUGCUUCACAACUUAACCAAUCUCAGACAACUUUAUCUCGCUGAUGUCACACUUUCUUCCUCAGUACCUAAUAUGUUAGCAAAUUUUUAUUCAUUGACAGCUUUGAUACUAUCAAACUGUGACUUGCGUGGUAAGUUUCCCACUGCAGUUUUUGAGUUACCAAAUCUUGAGUGUAUCAGCCUGGAGUCCAAUCAGGAACUUAGUGGAUCUUUACCUAAUGUUAGGGAAAAUCAUUCUCUUUUGAUAUUAAGGUUAGCAAACACGAGGUUUUCAGGACAGCUGCCGGAGUCAAUCGGGAACUUCAAGUCCUUGGAAUAUUUGGACAUUAGCCACUGCCAUUUUUUUGGGAAGCUACCGUACUCACUUGGUGGCCUUACUCAACUCAAAUAUCUUGAUUUUUCUUAUAACAACUUUUCCCAACCUAUUCCUUCUUCAAUUGGACACCUAAAUCAACUGCAUACUUUGGAUUUGUCUGAUAAUAAAUUUUCGGGGCAGAUCCCUUCUUCCUUAUCCAACCUUACUCAGCUUUUUUAUCUGUCCCUUGCCACCAACAGUUUCGUCCAGGGAAACUUGUCUUGGAUUGGUACACAAACCAAUCUCACAUACUUGGACUUGUCCAAAGCCAAUUUAACUGGUCAAAUCCCACCGUCUCUCCAAAAUUUGACCCAAAUCACUUGGUUAUAUCUUUAUGACAAUGGACUAGAUGGUCAGAUCCCACCCUGGAUUGGAAGCCUCACCAAGCUAACUAGGAUAAAAUUCCAGGACAAUGAUCUGGGUGGUCCCAUACCAGAAUCAAUCUUCAACCUCCAGAAUCUUGAGCUUCUUUAUCUGCAUACAAAUCAUCUAAAUGGAACUCUCAAGUUGCAGUCCUUUCUUGAGCUUAAAGCUCUCACCAGACUCCAACUUUCAGGUAACUACUUGUCCUUGCUCACCAAUGUCAGCAUCAAUGUCGCUCCUCCAAAGUUGAAGCUCCUAGGAUUGGCUUCAUGCAACUUAUCUGAGUUCCCAAGUUUUCUACGUAGUCAAGAUGAGUUGGAGGUUUUGGAACUUGCUGAGAACAAAAUUCAUGGCCAAAUCCCAAAUUGGUUCUGGGGCGUGGGAAAACAAAAUCUCCAGUACUUAAAUUUGGGCUUCAAUUCUCUGACAGGAUAUAUAUUUCAGAAGCUUCCUGCAGUUCUUCCAUGGAGUAACUUGAAGGAUUUCAACCUUGAAUCCAACAUGUUGCAAGGAUCAUUGCCCCAUCCACCGCCUUCCAUCAGAUCCUAUAAAGUCUCAAAUAACAUGCUGUCGGGAGAAAUCGAACCAAUGUUCUGCAAUCUUCCUUCUCUAGUUGUCUUGGAUUUGUCCAAUAACAAUAUGACUGGGACUCUGCCGCCAUGCUUGGCCAAUCUGACUAACUCUCUUGAAGUUCUCAGCCUUCAAAGUAACCACUUCAUCAGUGCUAUUCCUCCAACAUAUACCAAGAACUGCAGGUUAAGAAUGAUGGACUUGAGCCAAAAUCAAUUGCAAGGGAAAAUUCCAAGAUCACUAGCCCAUUGUACGCAAUUAGAGGAACUAAUUCUUGGGAACAAUCUGAUAAAUGAUAGCUUUCCUCAUUGGUUAGGUGGUCUUCCAAAACUCAAGGUUCUCACCUUGAAAUCCAACAGAUUGCAUGGUGUGAUAGGGAAACCUCAGACCAAAUCAGACUUCUCCAAAUUGCAAGUAAUUGACCUCUCCAACAAUCAUUUAAGAGGUAAGUUGCCGUCUGACUACUUCAAUAUUUGGAAUGCCAUGAAAGUUCACAGUACCAACUUGUUGUCACCCUACAUGUUGGCAAACACAAGCUUCCAGAACAGAGAAUAUGUGUGGUAUGAUUAUUACAAUUACGCAGUUACAUUGGCAAUGAAAGGCCGGAACCUGAAAUAUGAGAACGUUCCAGAUUCCAUCUCAGCUAUUGAUUUGUCAAGCAACGAGUUGGAAGGUGAAAUCCCAGAAGCCAUUGGUGAGUUGAAGCUGAUUCGUAUGCUUAACUUGUCAAACAACAAACUCAGUGGUAGAAUUCCAUUAUCUUUGGGGGAACUUUCGAACCUUGAAUCUUUGGACCUUUCUCGAAAUAAGCUGUGGGGAAAAAUCCCUCCCCAGCUAUCCAAACUUAACUUCCUUGUAGUCUUCAACGUGUCUUAUAACAAGCUUGAAGGGGCAGUACCUCAAGGAGCACAGUUUAAUACAUUUAACAACGAUUCAUAUGAAGGAAAUUCAGGAUUGUGUGGGUACCCUUUGACAGAAACCUGUGGAAAUCCUGAGGUUCCAGCAUCGACUCAUUUGGGUUGGGAUGAAGCCGAAGAUGAAGGAAUGUGGAGCGUGAUAAAGUUUGGAUGGAAAAUAGUAUUGACAGGAUAUGGAGGUGGACUGAUACUUGGAAUGUCACUAGGAUGGAACUUCAACGCAUGGAAAUACGGCUGGCUCAGGAGGGUGUUGGGGACGUGGGUAGUGAGUAAUAGUUGGAAUGGAUCUAAUUGGUACGGCUUCUCCUGGAUUUCUGUUUGGAAAAAGGUUCCCUGGAACUAUUGA